UGGUUUCCUCUAGCUCUUCCUCUUGCCAAAUGCUUAUCUCAUCAACAAAAGCCUCUUCUCUUGAGUUGCCAUCAUGUUGUGUGUUAAGUUGUGAAAACAGCAUCAGCAGCAGUGGGUUUGUUGACAUAGUAUGGGUUCUGUUGACAAAGUAUGGGUUCUGUUGACAUAGUAUGGGUUCUGUUGUCCUCAUCUUGACUCUGUCUUCUUCAGCACCUUUCUGCUUGAGGCUCCAGGACAGCAGACAGAGAAAUACAGUUGAAGCAGAAGUGGGGCAUGAUGACUGGACUUUCAGAAGUCCCGUCUGAAUGCACACCGUAAAAGCGAGAGAAUGACGAUGCAUAGAAUACUGAAGCUGCUGUGGGUCCUUGUUUCUUCCUCAUUUUGGAGUUGAGGUCAGUGCACAGUGGAGAUAUGACCCCACACUCACUCAACACACGCACUCGGAUGCUUGUAUGCACACACAAACACGCAGUCAAAAAUACUGUUCCUGUACCAGACGUAGACUUCGGAAGACCGCAAGAGGAGAUAAGAGAGAAAGAAAGUAAGUUAACUGAGGUGAAAAGGACUACAGGAAAUGACAGUGGCAGGAGGCUGAGGACGUGAAAGGCAGAAGUACCGUCAGGGAGCGACACACUCAGUCUGCCAGCCUGCCAACAAGCCAGCCGGUCACCCAUCCAUCCCGCCAUGGACUCCUCUCAGACAGAAGCAGCGGAGCUGCCACCUGCCCUGCCAGCCAAACAGCGCAGGAGUCUGUACUCUCGAAGCUCCAGCACCAGCUCUGUGAACCUGAACUCCAGAAGAAGCUCCAUGGUCCUCACCUCUCCAUUACCCUCUCCCAGCUCACCCUCCGCCCCACUCUUUCUCCUCAACCCCCCUUCCUGUGAUUGCUUUGCACCACAGUGCCCCAUACACCAUCGUUAUGAACCUUCCGAUUGCCAUCAUGAGAGAUAUUUCUCAGAUAAUACCCCUCCCCCAAUUCCCAAAAAAAGGCUGGCACGCACCAUGUCUCUACCAGGGGAGUUCCCUGGUUCUCCCUACACCCGUCCUGCUCUUCUACCUCACUUCAGCAACCCUCUCAACAGGCUGUCACUCCUCGAGGAUGCCGUGUUCGACCCAGGCUCUGGUGCUGGAGAGGGGGCAGCUGUGGUGCAUAUGGUGCCAUCUCCCCGCCUUCUUCACCAGCUGGACUUUGACACUCCAGACGAACAGCUGCCCUGCUUCUUCUCAAACCUCGGUGACCAGGUGCAGGUGUCUGAGAAUCUCCAGCAGCGCCUCCUGCUGUUUCUGCGCAGUACUGCGGAGAGGAUAGAGAAGGGGGUUGGGGGAGUGGAGAAGCCAGGGCAGCUCGAACCUCAGGACCUCCUGCUGUGCAGAGAUCAGAUUCCGCUACAAACUCAGGACGGAGUACUGUACUACAGCGUCAGGUGCCCCAGACUACAGGGACAGGAGUUUUCCAUCAAGGUAAGCAGAGAGACAGCCACACCAAUUCCCCCUAUACCUCAGCAGCCCCAUGCCAAUGUUCAACAGGUCAUCAGUCAUUUUCCAGCCGGUCCAGAGGUACUGUCCAUGUCAGAGAAGGGAGGAAGAGGUUUGGCACCAGAAUGGCCACAAGAGGGCAGCAGUCUGAUAGAAAUGGAGCAGGAAGGUUCGUCAGAUGAGAGAGAGCAUUCAGUCCUGUCUCUGCUUAGAGAGGGCUGCUGUGUUUCGAUCAGCAGAGAUCUAACUCAGGGCAGUCUGGAUGAGUUUGUGCUGGAGAUGAGCUCACUCCAUGGCAGCCGGUCUGAGGUGUACCACAGGCGACUGGUCCUCCUGCUGCUUCAGGUGACCCAAGCACUCCAGCACCUUAAGACAUAUGGCAUUCAGGUGACAGACCUGGAGCCGCACAACAUCCUUCUGGCCUGGGCAGAAAACGAAGGUGGCAGAGAGAAGUUCAAGAGGAAGGAGCCUGUAGUAGAGUCACAGGAGACCAAUGAGAACCAAAGAAUGAACAACUGUGAGAGUGGCAAUGAGAAGAACACUGAGGAAGAGCUGGAAAGAGAGCAUGGAGGGAAGCUUGAGCACCGCUGGAGGAGGUGGGGGACCCCUCGGGUGGUUCUAACCCAGUGCCUUUCUACGACCAAAACAUCUCAACCAAUCACAUCACACCACAUUCAACUGGGAUUGCUGCUUCAGCACUGUCUGCACCUUCCAGAAGCCUCGACGAGCUGCACCACGGCCCCACCAGAUUCCUCCUACUCCCAAGGCCUGCUGCGCCUCCUCUCCCAACUCCUUGUCCCAGAAAAUAAGCUGCAGAUGGCCGACACAGUUCCCUUCCUUCAAGCUCUGCUCUGGGGCCCACGAGCCUCUCUUUUCCAGCACAGCCUCCCCAACCCUAUCACCAUCCACAACUGGCUGCUGGUCAAACGCUCCCUGCUGCUGCUCAAACUGGCUGAGAGAGGUCUGUUCUCAUAUCAGUCGGCUGUGGACUGGGAAGAUUACCUCUGCCUGCAGUACUUCUGCCUCGCUGAUCCCGAUACUGUGCUUAAUGCUACUGCGAAGCUGGGCCUCCACAACACAGAGUUAUGAGGCUGGGUGUAUGCCUCUGGAGCUGCUGUUGUAAUGCAUUUCACUGCUGGGACUCUCCCACUGGUCUCCUCUCUCAAUGUAACAUAAUUACUGAUAAGAUCUUCGAGGAAGUAGCUUCCAGGAUAUGAAAUGUCACAAAAGUGCUACAAAACGAAUUGAGUGAAUAAGUAAACCAAGGCCUUUAAUUUAGUUUCUUUUUAAAAAUGUGACUAUUUACUUCAACAAUUGUAAAGAAAUUGUAGAAAUUUGUGUUUUACCUUUCCCUUCUUUCCGUCUCUGAUGUAGCACCCCUAUUUAGUGCGUGUAGUUGAUUAUCGAAGGGAGGCACUCUCCUUUGCCCUACUCUUGCCCUUACCCUUUAUGGUCAUAGUGUCAGAAGUCACAUUACAUCCCCGAUAUCAGCUUGGUGCGUUAGAGGAACAUUCUGCUUCUAUUUAACUCCAUGUUAAUGUAUUGCUGUCUAUGGCAAGUUGCUUAGCAGGCCACAGCAGGACCAAAGUUAUAUUAUUCAGUGUCAUGAUUACCAUGUUGUACGCACACCCAUGUAUGUGUGAUGUUCAACCUGUUACACAUCUGUACUUGCAGUACCAAUGAGAACCACCAGAGGGUGCUCCAUCAUCUCCAACAUUUGGGUUUCCCUAUUUUGCUCAUAGAUAAGGACACUGCAUGCCACAAAAUAAGUAGGUAAAUAAAUAUAUGUUUUUUGAGGGCUGACAAUAAAAAAUGCAUGAUCACCAAUCA